AUGACUAAAAAAAGUCCAAGUUAUCAAUUAGGAGCAGCUUUAUUAGAAAGUAGCGGAGCUUGCGAUGAAGAGUCUUUGAUGAAGGUAGUUUUAACCAAAUGUGGUCAUGCUGAAAAGUGCAUAUCGGAAGAAAGUGCAGAGCAUGAUUCCAGGGUAGAGCAACAUGUGAUAUCUCCUCUUCAAAAUGUCAUUGAAGUGGAUUUCCCAAACAUUGUUAAACAAAAAAGAAAUGUAACCAAAGUGUGCCUCGAUAUGGAUUCUGCCAAAACUAGAUAUCUUCAAGCACAAAAACACAAUUCCCAUACUUCAGGUGCAGCAAAAGUAGAAUUAAUAAAAGAUGAAUUAAAGGACUCUGAGCAAAAAGUGGAACAAAGUAGGGAUGUAUUAGCUUGUGAAAUGUUUCAUUUGGCUGCCAGAGAAUCAGAAUUAUGUUACACAGUUUUGCAAUAUUAUAAAUUUCAAAAACGAUAUCAUGAAUAUGCAUUAGGAAUUUUAGAUAAACUUAUACCAGAGUUGGAAAGUGAUAUAUGUUCUAGUAAAACUAAACCUGUAUAUGGUGUAGAUCUAGAAGAGCAUUUACAAGUUACUGGUAGAAAAAUUGCAUUUCCUAUAGAAUUAUGUGUUUGUGCUUUGUUAGAAUUAGGAAUGGAAGAAGAAGGACUAUUUAGACUUGCUGGAGGUGCUUCAAAGUUAAAGAGAAUGAAACUUAGUUUUGAUGCCGGUUGCAUGACUUUGGCUACGGCUUUGACUUACAGAGAUCCACAUGUGAUAGCUGGUGCUCUUAAAAGUUAUUUAAGAGAAUUACCAGAACCUUUAUUAACCCAUUCCUUAUAUGAUGAAUGGUUAAAUGCUGCAAAAGCACAGACCCAUCCAGAUAAUAAAUUACAAGCGUUAUGGACAGUAGUUCAUAAAUUACCAAAACCGAACUUUGAUAAUUUGAGUUAUUUAAUAAAAUUUUUUCACAUUCUUUCAAAAAACCAUGAAAUAAAUAAAAUGAGUCCUCACAAUAUAGCUAUUGUAAUUGCUCCAAGUUUGAUUUGGACCAAAGAUGAAAAUGGAUUUGGUUUAAAUGUAAACGUUUCUCUCUAUCCUUCUAUUAUCGAUUUAUUGGUUACAUAUGCUGAUUGGUUUUUUGACAAAGAAAUGGAUUUUUAUUUGACAUUGGAACCGAUAAUGAAUGGAGAAGUCGAAGAAAAAUCUUCGGAAAAAGGUAUUGAUAACAAAGGUUUUGAUUUGAAAUUAGCUGAUAAAAUGAAUAAAAGCGCAAUAGAAAAAAAUUCAGGGCAAAAUCAUCCAGGUGGUGAUUACGAUUCUAAUACAUCAGAAAUGAGCAGAAGUCAGAGUACGACAUGUUUGUCCGAAGAAACUCAAGCUUAUGAAAGUCCCAAGCCAAUUACCAGAAGGAAAAAUAAAUCAAUAGCUCCAGGACCCCCCAUUUGUAAGGAUGAAAAGAGGAAAGAUGGUCAACUGGGAAAAGACAAUGUUAAGACUAAAGAAAUCCAUGUGUUUAAUGAUAAACCGGAUAAACCGCCUAGACCGACCGUAGUUUCGAAUUCAACUCUACCGAGACCAUCUAAAAGCAAUCGUGAAAACAAAAUAAACGAAAAUAAUGAAGAAAUAAUGAAAAAACAACCCGUCGACGAUAUUGUUCUAUCUAAAAAAUUAGACGAAAGCAAUGAAAAAGCUUUCAAAAUGAAUCGCACGAGCAUGGAUCCUAAUAAUUUUAGAAAUAAUUACGAGAACAUAUUGCUUUCGUCGAAUGAAAAUUUAAAUACCGGUAGCACUGAUGAUAAUAGAACGUUACAAAAAAAUUAUUCGGUUAUAAAUAAGCAACAACAAAUAUCCGUUAUAGAAGUUGGAAGUAGUAAUAAAAAUAAUUCCAAUAAUAAAGUUUCCGAUAAUAAUACGUCUGGUGUCGUCGAUGACGAUGCCGAUUUAAUUCCAAGUGGUAGAACGACAUCAAUGGAGAAAACCGUAAACGAUAAUAAAACAUUUGAGAGUGAAGUUGAUAAAGAUGCUGAUGCUGAUGAUGAUGAUGAUAAGGAUGUUGUUGUUGUGCAAGAAAGAAAGACUGCGGCGGUGACGUCAAAUAGGCCUUUGUCACUACCAGGUUCCGAAAAGCCAGAAAGACCGCCAAAACCAGACUAUAAAUUUUCUUCACCGCCUUCUAGUCAUACUCGAACUUUUUCCGACGGUCAAAUAAUCGACAUGAAACCCAGUGAUAAUACGAGUAAUAAUAAUAAUAAUAAUAACGGAAACGUAAACAUUAGUACCAACAUGAGCAGCGGGAAUAGUCAUUGCAUAAAACAGUUCACGAGUAGUACCAACACAACAUCCGAAACUCCUUCUCCUACUCCUCCAUUAUCGAUGUCGUCUUCACCUCCCGUGUCUUCCAUUUUUAUAAAACAUCCACAGACUUCACCGCCUCCUCCUCCGGUUCCCGCGAAACCCAGAGCAAAUUCUCAAAGCGAAAGCACAGAUUUUUAA